CAGGCCCGUUAAAGAAUGGGCUAUGACCAUCGACACCAUGCAAGAUGGCAUACAUUGCUGAUGUUAAAGCCCAAGUCUUUGGGAACAAGGUUUAGGGUUCUGUCUGCAAAUCGUGAAGAAGGAAGGAGUGGGAAUCGAAUUGAGGAUUGUGGGAUGGAGAUUACUCAAACCUGUACCGGUAAGGAGAGCGUAGCUCCCUCCACAGUUUUGGGUUACCUAGAUCCUAACUACUGGAACGAGCGAUUCUCAAAAGAGGAGCAUUAUGAGUGGUUCAAAGACUACUCUCAUUUUCGCCAUCUCAUUCAAGCCCAUAUAGACCCCAACUCUUCAGUGUUGGAGCUUGGUUGUGGAAACUCGCAGUUGUGUGACGAAAUGUAUAAAGAUGGGAUUACUGACAUAACAUGCAUUGAUUUGUCUGCUGUUGCGGUGGAGAAGAUGCAGCAACGCAUUUCAGCCAAGGGAUAUAAAGAAAUAAAAGUGCUGGAAGCUGACAUGCUACAUCUGCCCUUUAGCAACGGGUGUUUUGAUGUUGUUAUUGAGAAAGGAACCAUGGAUGUGCUGUUUGUUAACAGUGGUGACCCUUGGAAUCCAAGGCCUGCAACUGUAACCCAGGUCAAGGCAAUGCUUGAUGGUGUUCACAGGGUUCUGAAACCAGAUGGCAUUUUCAUCUCAAUUUCCUUUGGCCAGCCACACUUCAGGCGCCCUUUAUUUGAUGCUCAAGAAUAUACAUGGUCUAUGGAAUGGAGCACCUUUGGUGAUGGGUUCCAUUAUUUUUUCUAUAUCUUGAGGAAGGGAAAGAGAUCACUGGAUGAUAAAGCAUCCUGUGAAAAAAAGAUUGAGGUACCACCCAUUUGUCUCCUUCAAGAAGAAUUAGAGAGUGAAGAUUACAUUUUCCGAACAAGGAUAGGUGAUGAUUCCUAGAAAUAAUUGCAACUUAUGUUUGCUGAUUCUUUUGUUGCAAUAUUAGAGAGCGAAGAUUAAAUUUUCCCAACUAGCAUUGAUGAUGAUUACUAGAAAUGGUUGUAACUUAGAGAGAUUGCAUAUAUAGAUGGUUCAUGGUUCUGUAGCUAUUGAAGAUGAGUUUGUUUUUGGGCUUGAUGGUCGCGGUGGUGGGGAAGAUGAUCCCGGGAUUUAUAUAUUUGAAUCGGCAAUCUUUGGAAUUGUAUUUAGUAUUCCAUGCAGGCUUUUGAUCAAUUACAAAACCCAGUAAGGAUUUUUCUUGUU